GUCCAUGUGGUUGAGUUUUCGAGCAUUGCUGAUCAUUGUAGGACUUACGCCUUAAGUGACUCAACAGACUCUGACUUCCAAGGCCACUGCAGUCAUUCACGCAACGAAACAUGUGCACAGUGCUGCCAGCUGCAAGAAGUUCUAAGCAUCUUGGAGAGUGAGUGUUCAAGUGCAGUUUGUAACGAGGAGCAGAAAUCGGACAUGCUACACGCUGUUAAGCAGGCCAGAAAUAAUAUCAUGAGCUGGAAAGCCUACCAGUUGCGCUCCGUUCACCAAGAUCAGGCCAAAUGUUCUGUUCUAGCUAAAAUGAAGAGCAAAUGCGACGUGUUACUAGUGCAGGAUUGGGUAAUGAAAUUUAUGCCACGAAAAUUUCGAGAGCCGCAAUCAGACUGGUUUGCUAAGCGCGGUUUACCAUGGCACAUAACAGUUGCUAUUAGGAAGUCGGAAGAAGGCGAGCAGUUUGAGUCUCAAACAUUCGUACAUGUCUUUCAGAACUGUUUACAAGACAGUGCUGUAGUGGUAUCGAUAAUGCAGGAUUGUCUUGUUUCGCUGAAGAAGGAAAUGCCGGAAUUAGAAAGGGCGUUUUAUAAACAAGAUAAUGCCGGCUGUUACCACAGCGGAUACACUAUCGUUUCAGCAAAAUUUGCAGGCGACAUUGCUGGCGUGGGCGUGGAACGGAACGACUUUUCCGAUCCUCAAGGUGGAAAAGGAAAAUGCGACCGCCAAGCAGCGACUAUUAAAGGAGACAUUGGAAGAUAUGUAAACGAGGGCAAUGAUUUGACAACAGCAAUUCAGCUCAAAACAGCCAUAGAGUCUGGUCCAGGAUCUUGCGCUAAGGCUAGUUACGUUACAUUCAACCCGUCAAGCACUCGGCACGUCAAAUGGGAUGGUGUAAGCUUACUCAACAACUUCAAGUAUGAGGAGAACAGAAUACGAGCGUGGAGGGCAUUUAAUGUGGGUCCUGGAAAGUUGCUACCGUGGUCUCAGUUUGAAGGA